UGCAGGAGCGCGCAGGAGAGGAGCAGAGCUCGUGCUUGCCGCCACUACACAAAGCUUCAGCCGCCGGUGCGUGGAGCGCGUCUCUACUACUCCUGUUGCUCCUUCUGAUUAUUCUGCCCGCCUCCUUAGCUUGAUUUGAGGCCACGCCCCCUAUAUCUUCCAGCCUGAUGCUCACUACUAAGAAGUCCGAAUCCAGUGGGGGUGGCGACAACGGCAGCGACCCGCAGCCCCCUGCUUCUUCCUCUUCUUCAUCUUCCUCCUCCUCAUCGUCGUCGUCUUCGUCCUCAUCAGGGAUAAUGGCUUCGCCGGAUACAGCUGCUGGCCUAGAGAGAACGCCAAGGAAAAAGGAGAGGGCCUCCCCCGGGGCAGAGCAUGGAGCCUCCACUGCUCCUGGAAUCAUGGCGGGCGCAGAAGGGGGGCAGCCGGAGACCCCCGAGGGACGGAGGACCAGCCGCAGGAAAAGGGCCAAGGUGGAGUAUCGUGAGAUGGAUGAAAGCUUGGCAAAUCUCUCAGAAGAUGAAUAUUAUUCUGAAGAGGAAAGAAAUGCAAGAGCAGAGAAAGAGAAAAAAGUGCCACCGCCUCCUCCACAAGCCCCCCCAGAAGAAGAAAAUGAUAGUGAGCCUGAAGAGCCUAGUGGUGUAGAGGGUGCAGCUUUCCAGAGUAGACUUCCUCAUGACAGAAUGACUUCCCAAGAGGCAGCAUGCUUUCCAGAUAUCAUCAGUGGUCCACAGCAAACUCAAAAAGUUUUUUUGUAUAUUCGGAAUCGUACAUUGCAAUCGUGGUUGGACAAUCCAAAAGUUCAGCUUACCUUUGAGAACACACUUCAGCAAUUGGAAGCUCCUUACAAUAGUGAUUCUGUGCUGGUACAUAGAAUACACUGCUAUCUUGAGAGGCAUGGUUUAAUAAACUUUGGUGUUUACAAACGACUGAAGCCUUUACCGACAAAGAAAACAGGAAAGGUUAUAAUCAUUGGAUCAGGUGUUUCAGGCCUGGCUGCGGCUAGACAGUUGCAGAGCUUUGGCAUGGAUGUUACAGUGUUGGAGGCCAGGGAUCGAGUUGGUGGAAGAGUUGCUACAUUUCGUAAAGGAAACUAUGUUGCUGAUCUAGGUGCAAUGGUGGUCACGGGACUUGGUGGUAAUCCAAUGGCUGUAAUUAGUAAGCAAGUUAACAUGGAACUCGCUAAAAUCAAGCAAAAAUGCCCACUCUAUGAGGCUAAUGGACAAGGUGUUCCCAAAGAAAAGGAUGAAAUGGUAGAGCAAGAGUUUAAUCGUUUACUAGAAGCUACAUCCUAUCUAAGCCAUCAACUGGACUUCAAUAUUCUUAACAAUAAACCUGUGUCUCUAGGGCAGGCUUUGGAAGUUGUAAUACAGUUACAAGAAAAGCAUGUUAAAGAUGAACAAAUAGAACACUGGAAAAAAAUAGUAAAAACACAGGAUGAAUUGAAGGAACUUCUCAAUAAGAUGGUUAACGUCAAAGAAAAAAUCAAAGAACUUCAUCAGCAGUACAAAGAGGCAUCUGAAGUAAAGCCUCCACGUGACAUCACUGCUGAAUUUUUGGUAAAGAGCAAACACAGAGACCUCACAGCACUUUGCAAGGAAUAUGACCAGCUAGCAGAAACUCAGGUAAAACUUGAAGAAAAAUUGCAAGAGCUUGAGGCCAAUCCUCCAAGUGAUGUUUACCUGUCAUCGCGAGACAGACAGAUAUUGGACUGGCAUUUUGCUAACUUAGAGUUUGCUAAUGCAACCCCCCUCUCAACCCUCUCUCUCAAACACUGGGACCAGGAUGAUGACUUUGAAUUCACAGGCAGUCACCUAACAGUCCGUAAUGGUUAUUCCUGUGUUCCUGUGGCAUUAGCAGAAGGACUGGACAUAAAAUUAAAUACAGCUGUCCGACAAGUACGAUACACAGCGUCCGGGUGUGAAGUUAUAGCAGUGAACACACGGUCUACAAGCCAGACUUUUAUUUAUAAAUGUGAUGCUGUCCUUUGUACACUUCCACUGGGUGUACUCAAACAACAACCACCAGCAGUACAGUUUGUGCCUCCACUUCCAGAGUGGAAGACAUCUGCUGUUCAAAGAAUGGGAUUUGGAAACCUCAACAAGGUGGUACUUUGCUUUGACAGAGUAUUUUGGGAUUCCUCUGUAAACUUGUUUGGUCAUGUUGGGAGCACUACUGCCAGCAGAGGCGAGCUUUUCUUGUUCUGGAAUCUCUAUAAAGCACCAAUACUGCUGGCUUUGGUAGCAGGAGAAGCUGCAGGGAUUAUGGAAAAUAUCAGUGAUGAUGUUAUUGUUGGACGCUGUUUGGCAAUCCUGAAAGGGAUAUUCGGAAGCAGUGCUGUUCCACAGCCAAAAGAAACCGUUGUCAGCCGCUGGCGGGCUGACCCUUGGGCCAGAGGUUCUUAUUCUUACGUAGCUGCUGGAUCUUCAGGAAAUGAUUAUGACUUAAUGGCUCAGCCAAUUACUCCAGGCCCUGCCAUUCCAGGUGCACCACAGCCUAUACCACGCCUUUUCUUUGCGGGUGAACACACUAUUAGAAAUUAUCCAGCUACUGUCCAUGGGGCUCUGCUGAGUGGAUUGAGGGAAGCUGGCCGUAUUGCUGACCAGUUCCUUGGAGUUAUGUAUAACCUACCUCGUCAGGCUACCCCUGGGGUUCCAGCACCAACCUUAUAGUACAGUUCAACUGGAUCUUGAAACCAUGAUGGAUUCUUUACAUAUGGACACACACCUCUCCUAACCAUCAAAAAGCAUUAAUGGAUUAUUUUCCAAGAUUUUUUUUCCCCCCCCGCUGCUUUUUUUUUUUUUUUUUUAAACAAUGGGUGCUCACAUGGGAACCACAAUAGACUUUAACUACUCAACUUUUUUUUUUUUUUUAUAAUUAUAAUAAAAUCACUGCUAAGGCCUUCUGAACAGAGGUAUUUUUUCCAUUAUGCAGAAAGGGGACUUCAUUGUACUUUGUUCCCUAACGUCACUUCGGAAUUCUAUCCAUAGUGGAGGUUGAGGAGGUUGCAUUGAGGAGAGUGCUGGGCUGCACACAACAGACAAAAUGUGGAUGUUCACCAAGCAUAUAUUUUUAGUGAACCUAAAAAAGUAUUUCAACAGAAAGGGGUGGACAUUGUUAUUAUUGGGUAUGGAUCUAAUUUUUCUCUGUAAUAGUGACCUACAAAAUCAUGUAGCCAUUAGCAUAAUGUCUUAUUGAGUUUUUAUUUUAAAUAUUAAAAUUUGUUUAUGAAAAUUA